GACUGUCAAAUUAUCGCUGUGUUUGGUUGUGUAAAAAACCCUUGUUUUUCCUCAAUCUCCGUGAAAAUCAUGGGAAAACUACUUUCAAAUACGUGGUCCUUCUUCAAGAAGAUUGACGAGAAGACGGCACAGUGCAAUUUAUGUCUGAAAGUAGUGAAAACGUCAGGAAACACAACCAACGCCAGGAACCACCUGAAGAUCAAGCACAAGCUUCUGGAGCAGGAAACAAGGCCAAUUUCUAUUAAAAUUGACAUCGACGAUAAGAGUGAUAAGACUCGAUACAUUAAGGAUGAGCAGUCUCAGGAGGACAUUGAGAUCCUGGAGCAGGUGGAGGAGGUCCAGAUUGAGGAGCAGAUGCCCCAGGAUGAACAGUGUGCCGAGGACAAGGAGGAGUCGUCAGAGGUCUACUGUCUGGAAGUGCUGGAAGAGGAAGAUAGUGCUUAUGAGAACUUGCGUCCUGUGGAGUCCAAGGGACGCUCCUCGGGAUACGUGGCGAAGAGACUGCUCAACGACGGGAAGAGGGGUCGCAGGGAGAGUGGCGAAUCGGUGUCCAAGAUGCCCAAGUAUGACUUCUCCUCCGCUGUGGACAUUUUCUUCGCUUCCAUGGCGGCGACAGUGAAGCAAAUGCCUCCGGACAAGAUCAUCCUCAUGAAGCAGAAAAUCUCCGAAAUUGUGUUCCAGGAGGAAAUGGCACAGCUUAUGAAUGAAGAUUAUGAGUAAUGAUGAUUCCUACAGUUAAUUAUAUUGUGUUUAAUACCCGAAAAGUAGAAAUCUUAUCAAAUCUU